AUGAUCACGCCCGCAAACAGUGUUAAGAUUUUGCGAUCCGCAUCAUCAAAGUAUCUAAUUUCCACUGCAAAAAACUACAGUCAACAUGUGACUAAGCCACGAUUCAAAUGGGACGACCCGUUAAAUAUUCAAGCUUUUCUCACGGAAGAAGAAAUCGCAAUUCAGCAAACUGCAGAGUCGUACUGUCAAGAAAGAUUAAGCCCACGAGUCCUUCAGUCAUAUCGGGAUGAAUCAUUUGACAGAAAUAUAAUAGAAGAAAUGGGUGACCUAGGCUUGCUUGGCGCCACGAUCAAAGGUUAUGGAUGUGCUGGGGUCUCAAGCGUGGCAUCUGGGCUAAUUACGAAGGCCGUUGAACGAGUAGAUAGUGGCUACCGAUCGGCUAUGUCUGUUCAGUCUUCGCUAGUUAUGGGAGGAAUUAAUGCAUUUGCUACGCAAGCGCAAAGAGAAAGAUUUCUGCCCGACAUGGCGAAAGGAAAAUUGCUCGGUGCAUUCGGCUUGACCGAGCCUGAUCAUGGUAGCGAUCCUGGAAGUAUGAAGGCUACUGCCAGACGAAGCCCUACGAAAAAAGGAUAUUUUUUAUUGUCAGGCUGCAAGACCUGGAUUACAAAUUCAACGAUUGCAGAUGUGCUACUGGUCUGGGCGAAACUGGUGGAAACCAACAAAAUACGGGGAUUCUUGGUUGAAAGAUCGUCCUGUCCCGUUGGAACAUUGGAGACCCCAGCAAUAAAGAAUAAGAGCGGGCUUCGUGCUUCGACCACUGGUAUGAUUCACCUUGAUGAGUGUCCCGUUGCAGAGGAAAAUAUGCUUCAAGGGGUGGAAGGCUUGACAGGACCUUUUACAUGUUUAAAUAAUGCUAGAUAUGGUAUUGCCUGGGGUACUAUGGGUGCACUCGAGGAUUGUAUAGAGAGAGCGCGAAGCUAUGCCCUCGCGCGCAAACAGUUUAAGCAGAAUCCCAUUGCAAAGUACCAGCUCGUGCAGAAGAAGCUCGCCGAUGCCGUAACGGAUGCUGCAUUCGGCACUUUGGCUGCUCUUCAGGUGGGAAGACUUAAAGAUGCUGAGAAAGCGGUCCCUGAAAUGUUCAGUAUGAUUAAGAGACAAAACUGUGAUCGCGCAUUGCACAAUGCUCGGGUUCUUCAGGAGAUAUUCGGUGGGAAUGCUGUGAGUGAUGAAUACCACAUUGCCAGACAUGUAGCCAACUUAUUUGUCACCCAAACUUACGAAGGCCAAAGCGAUAUUCACAGUAGGUCGAGCAAUCCCAGCAAUAGUCUCAUUCUCGGGAGAGCGAUUACUGGCUUGCAAGCUUUUGUCUAG